AUGUCUCUCGCAGUGCAGGAUACUGUUGGUGGUGCGGUUAUGGAAGGCCAUGCGCUCGAGGUGUUGACCGCAUCACGUGAGGCGGAGCUUCCAGCUCGCAGCCAAAGGGCGCCCCAGAGCUCCGUCAUCACCAUCAGCCAUCUCUUCGUUCUGCUUUCACGCAUUGCCCUGUCGGUUCACCGCUAA